CUGUAUCACUAGCAAACAUAACCAAAGAGUUUGUUUUCCUCAAGAAAUCAGCCAGAAAUUUUACUGAAUUUUUGCCCAAAUUGGGCGGAUAAUAAACCACUGAGUAUUGUGAAAUGGCCACUGAAGAUUUCUACUUGCGUUACUACGUGGGGCAUAAGGGAAAAUUUGGACAUGAGUUCCUGGAGUUUGAAUUCCGGCCGGAUGGAAAGCUGAGGUACGCCAACAAUUCCAACUACAAGAACGACACGAUGAUCCGGAAAGAAGCCUACGUGCACCACUCUGUGAUGGAGGAGCUCAAGCGGAUCAUUGUGGACUCUGAGAUUAUGGCUGAGGAUGAUGCUCUUUGGCCACCACCGGAUCGUGUGGGGAGGCAGGAGCUGGAGAUUGUCAUUGGGGAUGAGCACAUUUCUUUCACAACCUCCAAGACAGGCUCCUUGGUUGAUGUGAAUCAGUCGAAAGAUCCGGAAGGCCUACGUGGCUUCUAUUACCUUGUUCAGGAUCUCAAAUGCUUGGUGUUCUCCCUCAUUGGACUGCACUUCAAGAUUAAGCCCAUAUAAAUGGGAGAUUAACCGUGUCCACGGUAUACUACAAGGUAAUUUCUUUUUCUAAUAAAAAUAAAUUCUGUCAAGAAA